ACGGUGAUGGAUUUUUUUCCGGACUAACUCUUUGGUGUUAACGACCACCACAACCUUUGACUUGGCAUCCCACAAUAUCCGCAAUUUUCCCAAAUUGCUCUCUUCCCUCUUCGUCUUCUCCAUAUUACCCUUUUUCGUCUUCUUCAAUGUCGAUUUCAUCAGCAGAUGCCUGCAUUUCGCAUAGCAGUAACAACCUGGCUUUGUCAAAUAAAAUCAACGGAAUGCGAGGGAGCAGAUGUAACGCCGCCGGCACUCCGAGGACAAGAUUGGAGAGACUUCUUAGAGAAAGGGAGUUGAGGAAAUUCAACAAGUCAUUGAAUGAUGGUGCGAAUGAGUUAUCGAACAGUGAUCCUUAUUCACCUGAUUCCGAAACUUCAAGUUGUUUCACCGAUGAAGAAUCAUUAGAAACCAUUUCAGUUAACAACAGAAGUUCUUCUGACAGAUGCGAAAGGCAAGAUUUCCGGCCUUCCAGACAGCGUUUGUUGGUGGUUGCUAAUAGGCUUCCAGUUUCUGCAGUUAGGCGUGCGGAUGAUUCUUGGCAGCUUGAGAUAAGUGUAGGAGGCUUAGUCAGUGCACUUCUUGGUGUGAAAGAAUUUGAGACAAGAUGGAUUGGUUGGGCUGGUGUAAAUGUCCCUGAUGAAAUUGGACAAAAGACAUUAAGAAAAGCUUUAGCAGAAAAGAGGUGUAUACCUGUAUUUCUUGAUGAAGAAACUGUUCAUCAAUAUUAUAAUGGAUAUUGUAACAACAUAUUGUGGCCACUGUUUCAUUACCUUGGACUCCCACAAGAAGACCGCCUUGCGACGACUAGAAGUUUUCAAUCGCAGUUUGAUGCUUACAAGAGAGUAAACCAGAUGUUUGCCGAUGUGGUUAAUGAACAUUAUGUGGAAGGGGAUGUGGUUUGGUGCCAUGAUUACCAUCUAAUGUUUCUUCCGAAAUGUUUGAAAGAUUAUAACCAGAACAUGAAAGUCGGUUGGUUUCUGCAUACUCCUUUUCCUUCUUCUGAAAUCCAUAGGACGCUGCCAUCUCGGACGGUUCUGCUCAAAUCUGUACUUGCUGCUGAUUUAGUAGGCUUCCACACAUAUGACUAUGCAAGGCAUUUUGUUAGUGCCUGUACUCGUAUUGCUGGGCUGGAGGGAACACCAGAAGGAAUAGAGGAUCACGGAAAGCUGACUCGUGUAGCCGCGUUCCCAAUUGGGAUUGAUUCUGAUCGGUUCAUUCGAGCUCUUGAGCUCCCUCAAGUCCAAGAACACAUGAAAGAGCUGAAAGAGAGGUUCGCUGGCCGAAAGGUAAUGUUAGGCGUUGAUCGACUUGAUAUGAUCAAAGGACUACCACAAAAAGUUUUGGCAUUUGAAAAAUUCCUUGAGGAAAAUCCUCAUUGGCGUGAUAAGGUGGUUCUCCUGCAAAUUGCUGUCCCUACCAGGACUGAUGUUACUGAGUAUCAAAAGCUUACAAGCCAGGUCCAUGAGAUUGUUGGGCGCAUUAAUGGAAGAUUUGGAACUCUAACUGAUGUACCAAUACAUCAUCUGGAUCGUUCUCUUGAUUUUUGUUCAUUAUGUGCACUAUAUGCUGUUACCGAUGUAGCUCUUGUAACAUCUUUGAGGGAUGGAAUGAACCUUGUCAGCUAUGAGUUUGUCGCCUGCCAAUCAUCCAAGAAAGGGGUCCUUAUAUUAAGUGAGUUUGCGGGGGCUGCUCAGUCCCUUGGUGCUGGAGCCCUUCUGGUUAAUCCAUGGAACGUCACUGAAGUUGCUUCUUCAAUUGGUGAUGCUUUGAAUAUGCCAGCCGAUGAAAGAGAAAAGCGCCACCACCAUAACUUUAUGCAUGUAACUACACACACAUCUCAAGAGUGGGCUGCAACCUUUGUAAGUGAACUUAAUGAUACCAUUGUUGAAGCUCAAUUAAGGACAAGACAAAUUCCACCACCGCUUCCAAUUGAAAUUGCAGUUGAUCGUUACUCACAAUCUAAUAACCGAUUGCUGAUACUGGGAUUCAAUGCAACUUUAACUGAACCAGUGGAUACCCUUGGGAGGAAGGGCUGUCAAAUUAAAGAAAUGGAACCCAAGUUGCACCAGGAUUUACGAGAACCUUUGAAAAAGCUUUGUGAUGAUCCAAAGACUACAAUUCUUGUCCUCAGUGGAAGUGAUAGAAGUGUCCUGGAUGAUAACUUUGGCGAUUUCAGCUUGUGGUUGGCAGCAGAAAACGGAAUGUUCUUACGAGCUACAAAAGGAGAUUGGAUGACAACAAUGCCAGAAAAUUUAAAUAUGGAAUGGGGGGAUAGUGUCCAGCAUGUAUUCGAAUAUUUUACUGAAAGAACUCCUCGAUCUCAUUUUGAGCUCCGGGAAACUUCACUUAUAUGGAACUAUAAAUAUGCAGAUGUUGAGUUCGGAAGACUUCAAGCUAGGGAUCUGUUGCAGCAUCUUUGGACAGGCCCGAUCUCUAAUGCAUCUCUUGAUGUAGUCCAAGGCAGCCGGUCCGUAGAGGUUCGAUCUGUCGGUGUUACAAAGGGUGCAGCGAUUGAUCGAAUCCUUGGAGAAAUUGUUCAUAAAAAAGGCAUGAAGGAACCCAUUGAUUACGUCCUUUGUGUAGGACACUUUCUAGCUAAGGAUGAAGACAUUUAUACCUUUUUCGAGCCAGAGCUUCCUUCAGAAGUCCAGACUCCCGUAAGAUCCCAUGUGACAUCACCACUCGGGGCAUCUGUUUCAAAGUUAUCAACAAGUGUAUCCAGGGAAGAUCGUUCGUCGGUGGUUGAGAGGAACUCAAGCUAUCACGUAAGCGGAGAUGUUUUAAAAUCAAGGGUGGAAGAGGGCUUCUCGGUGCUUGACCUUCCGGGGGACAACUAUUUUUCUUGCUCUGUAGCUCGGAAAAGAUCAAAUGCUCGGUAUCUCCUUAAAUCGUCAAACGAUGUGGUCCAACUCUUAGCAGAGCUGUCAAACACCAGGAUUGACAAUAUGAUCACAGGGGAAUCUGCAAAGGAGGGGUAGUUAGAGCCCACUGGAAUC